GCCACGUGCGAGGCCGAGGUGGCGAAGUGGAACCACGUCUGGCGGUCCCACUGCAAAGGAACGUGGCCGGGCGCUUUCAAAAGCGCGGGGCUGGGCGUCGAGAACGAGAACCCUCGCGUCCUCCGCAACAGCUCCGCGGCGGCCGUGGGUGCCUUCGCCCAGCUCCUCACGCCGGCGGAGGCCUCCCUUCUGCGGCCGACGCAGAUCAACCUCCUUCUCUAUUACUUCGUGAUCCGGAAAGCCGCCGGCGGCCUCCGGCCGAUCGGCGAGAUGCCGACGCUGGUCCGGCUGUGGGAGGUUGCUCGCUUCAACCUGGUCUCGCAGUGGACGGCGCAA